AUGAAGUUAAAUAAAAAGACUACUGAAAUAACUACAAAUAAUCAAUGUUCACAGAAUUUAGGUCUUACAUGUGAGUUUCAUUUGAAUCCAGGUAAUCAUCAAUCAAGUGUAAAUUUAAUGAAUUCCAGUAUGUCUGGUUCUGUAGAUAAAUCAGUAUUUAAUCCACUAUGUAGUGACUCUCAUUUAUAUGAUACAACUAUAAACCAAUUAUUGACUUUAAAAUCGGCUACUAAUAAGAAACAAUAUACAAAUACAACCAAUUGUUCUAAAACUUCAUUUACCUCCAAAAAUCAUAAUCCAUUCAAUACAAUAAGAUAUGAAACUGGUCAAGUAAAUACAAAUCAUGAAUAUCAUCCAGAAAUAAUUAAAUCAAAUAGUAAAACAUUACCAUUGUGUAAAUUACAAAAUGAAACAAUACCUUACUUGCAAACAGUACCACAUUUUAUAUAUAUAAGUAAUCCUAGUAAUAAUAAUACUAAUGUGGAUAGUAAUAAUCAAAUGACUGAAUUAAAAACAUUUUCUUCAACUAAAAACAUUCCAUCUAUUCAACCAGUAAAUUAUGAACAAGUAAUAAAUAGAAAUUGUGAGCAUAUCAUAGAGAAUAAUCAAUAUAAUUGUCCUAAUAUUUGUAUUCAUUCAUCAUCCACAUCAUUAUGUGAAUGUAAAAGAGGUGAUAGUGAUUUUGAUUUUAGUAAUAUUUUAUUCAAUAAUCCAACAGAUUAUUAUCCAAUACAUAAAAUUCACAAUCAUCAACAAUCAACUCAUGUACAAACAGAACAGCACCAGCAACAACACCAACACCAACAAUAUGAAUUAAGAAAAUUUAUUACACAUGAGAAUAGAAAUGAAAAAUGUAAUUCAAUGGCAUCAUGUAUGAUCAAUUAUGAAUCUGGUGAAAAUUUACCACGUUCAAAGAUAAAUUUAUCAAAAUAUUUUAAAUGCUGUCAUAGGUUAACAAUGUUACUAAUUUGUCUCUUAAUUUUUACUUGUCUUUGUUACCGAAUUAUUGAUUAUUUCAAUCGUUAUGAAAUGAUGAAAUCCCUUUUUGUAUAUAAUAAAUUUCAUUUAUCUAAACGAUCUCCAUAUAAAAAUAAUAAUGAUCAUGAAAAUAAUAAACUAUUAUCAAUGAUACCUGAAGAAGAACAUAAUAUAUCAAAUUGGUUUACAAUUACUUUGUGUAAUUUAAAUCCUAUACGUGGAAGUGCAUUAUUCACUAUACAAAAUGGUUCAAAAAUCUACGAUAAUAUUAUUAAAAUACGUCAGAAUGAAAUAGAUUUCAAUGGUAUAACUAAGAAAGUGAAUGACAAUAAUGGUCUCAUAUCCAAAGCACUACUUAAACGGACUGGACAUAAAUUGAAUGAAAUGUUAAAAUUUUGUUAUAUUGGAAACGAAAAAUGUUCACAUCGAAAUUUCACUUCUGUUCUAACUAUAUAUGGACAAUGUUAUCGCAUGAAGUUGAAACCAUCAGUUCAUGAAGUUAGAAUUGUGUUAGAUUCACAAGAUUACGAUUAUAUCAUACCUCAUAAAGGAUUAAUCGGAUUCCAUUUAUGGUUACAUCCUAACGAACAAAAAGCAUCUUAUCUUCUUGAUCUAAAAGACGAUAAAGAUAAUCUGUGGAAAAAUACAAAAAAUGAAAACGCAGUAGAUUUAAAUUCAUUACAACAAUCAAACAUUGUACAAUCGAACGAGAUAACUGUUAGUACAGAAUUUCAAACAUUGAUACGUGUGGCUUUAGAUAUGAAUGUUCAUUACAAACAAACCAAUAUGAAGAAUGGAUUGUGUUCAACAUCAACGGGAUUUAAAGAAUGUGACGAAAAUGUCAACCAGAAUUCACCGACAGAUUUAUCAGAAGAUACUAUUUGGUUUUCUGAUAAGUACAAUCAUAAUGUUUGGAAUGCCCGCAUUGUAUCUGCAACACAAUCUUCGAAAGCGACAAUAAUGUACAGUUUACUGGCGUUACGUAAUCCGAAUUUAUUUAUACGAAAUAAAAUUGAUUUGGAACGGGGUCUACGAAUACAACAACGUGCAUUCAUUCAGUUGACUAAUGAAACAGCUUUCAAUGAGUUACGAAACCUUGUUCCAAAUUAUGAUGAUUUAAGAAAUCAACUAAGAAGUAUAAAACAACUACUACAUGAAAUUGAGAUAGGAAUUUGGCGAGAUCAACGAGAAGCCUUACAAAUGACACAUACAGAUUCAGUCUGUUCAAAAAUGGUCAUAGGAUAUUUUGAAACUUUGAUCAAUAUAACACAAUCAUUUAAAGAUGAGUUAUGCAAAUUAUCAUCAGUUGAUGUUUUCUAUACAACUGACUUUUUUAAUUGUUUAAAUCAUAGUCAACCAAUGUAUGAUUAUCAUUCCCAAUUAAAUAUGAAUAAUACAUAUCAGUUUCCAUUAUAUAAUCGUUUAGCUUCAUUACGAUUUCAAACCCAUCCAAGAACUAAUAAUCAUACAUCUUUAAUGCAUGAUCCUGUUAAUCAUAUUGAUAUGAAUUAUUAUGAAAAUAUACAAAAUCCUUCAUUAAUCGAAUUACAAAUUAUCCAAUUAUUUUUCACGAAUAUAACAUAUAAUUCUAAGUUAAAAGAUGUUUUAAGAAAGUACUUAAAACUUUUAUCAGCAAAACGUAUGCAGAUGGCUACACGGACUAGUGAUACUCGGUAUGGCCUUUCUUUAACAUCUCACUCAUCACAAUCGUCUUCGUCCACAUCUUCAACAAACUCUCUAACACCAAUUCCUUCUUCUUCUUCUUCGUCAUCAACUUCCGUAUCAUCACCACCGUUGACAUUAUUGUCUUCUUCUUCGGGAUCAACCAUUACGUCCCAUUCUCUUCAACCUCCAGACAGAAAAAUUAAUCAGAAUUCAUUAAAUAACGCAGGAACUAAACAACCAUUAUGUAUAUCACAUGUUCAAAUUCAUAUCGAUUCAAUAUACAAUGUAAAAUUAGAAAAGUUAGGAGAAGCUAUUGCUACAUGUUUACAAAGAUUGGAGUUAUUUCAAACAAGUAUGAAUUUGAUCAUUAAAUGGAAUAAACAAAUUAUAGAAACGUUUUCAAUCGAUUAUGAACAUUUACAAAAAGUGGAUGAAAAAAACCUUGUUGCAUUCACUGUACAAUUUGAAAUUAUUGGUAGUGAUAUAAGUAUGACACAAUUAACACCUAUGGACAAAUUAUUCAAUCCUUUUGGUGAAAUCAUGGGAAUUUGUUUUGGGACACUAAGUCUACUAAUACCACUAUAUUUGAUCGUGGAUUAUUUUUUCACCAUGAAAUGUAAAUCUUCAAUCGAUAGACAAGGAGUUAUUUAAGUAGUAUCUCAAUCAAUGAAAUAAAAAAAACAAAUUUGAACAUUGUAAAUUGUCUUUCAUCUAUUCAAAUACUAAUGUAGAAAGAAAAUUGUGACAUUUAAAUGUAAUUGAAAAUGAACUGUAAAUAGUGAGUAUAGAGAAAACAUUAAAAAAACAUUAUUAAUUAAAAUAAUAUCCUAUCCCAUUUUAAAACUAGU